GGGCGGUAUCAUAUAUAUACUAAUAUAAUACUAGUAUUAAAAUCCACUGUCAUAAUGAGCAUGCUUUAGUUUGGCAGACUUAGAAAACAAGUGGGGGAAAGUAUUCUAUUUUUUUAUGCGUAUUAGGUCCGACUGAAAUUAACAAUUUCUACAAUGUCUAUGCGACCCGAUGAUCACAGACGAAAAUGGAACAGAGAAGAAUACGAAAGAAUAGCUCUUCAGCGUCUCCAAGAUGAGAUUGCUGAAGAGGAGCUGGGAAUUCCAAAACAACCAGCUGUAAAAAGGGAAUUGCUUAAACAACGAGAUUAUAAAGUCGAUCUUGAAUCUAAAUUAGGAAAGAGUGUUGUUAUUAACAAAAACACACCAUCUUCCCAGACUGGUGGAUACUAUUGCAAUGUCUGUGAUUGCGUCGUGAAGGAUUCAAUUAAUUUCUUAGACCACAUCAAUGGAACAAAACAUCAGCGUAAUUUGGGUAUGUCAAUGAAAAUAGAACGUUCUACGUUGGAUCAAGUUAAAGCCCGUUUUGCAAUGAAUAAGAUGAAGUUAGAAGAGAAAAAAAAGGACUACGAUUUAGAACAAAGAGUAAAAGAAUUAAAGGAAGAGGAGGAGAAGAUUAAAGAAUACAGGAAAGAGAAGAAGAAAGAUAAGAAAAGAAAAAUUGAAGAAGCAAACGAAGACAAUGGGGGACCUUCCGAUGAAAUGGCCGCGAUAAUGGGUUUCUCAGGUUUUGGCUCUAAGAAAAAGUGAUAAUGAUCCAUUUAUGGGUAAUU